UAGAAGCAAAGGUGAGUGAUGUGUCAAGUGACCCCAGAAGACGCUGCUGCUUACGGAAACCACAGAAUUUCUAGAAACAAAUCUGCCAUGGAUGGAUGGAUCUUCCCCGUCUCUCAAGUCUGACCUCGUUUUGUCUUGAUCGUUUUUUUACUUAUUGAGUACUGUUCUUGAGUAGGCACUCAAUCUCUCGGGAGAUUGAAACUGAUUCGAAGUGAUAAGUACUCUCUUUAAUUGUCGUCAGUGGUGUCUCCAGAAUGGAUGCAAGCAGUGUACAUGGUGAACCUUCUGCAUUGGUUGUCUCAUCUUCAGUGGAUGAUGACGAUUCAGCGUCUGCUGUCCAAGAUACUAUUGGAGAAUCAAAUGUGUCUCAGAUACUUGAGGUUGCAGGCCAUGAAGCUGGAGAUUCAGGAAAGAACCUUGCAGUGCCCGAUGUCUCUCAAGAGGCAACUGUUGCAGUGCAGGAUAAUGAAGAAAUACCAAAAAGCCAUAUAGGCCUCUCCGAAUCCAUUCCAUCAGGUACAUCAGAGGCAAACUUUGCAUCUGCAUCCGCUGUCGUUGAUACAUCUGAAAAAGCAACCCAACUGGAUGAUGCAGUUGCAUCACCCACAGAUUCAGACACAAAAAAACAACUGAAAGAACAAACUGAAACAAAUUUGAAGCCAUCUCCUGCCAAAGUUGCAGCGAGUUCUAAUGGGAGCAAUAAGUACACGGACCAAGUUCUUAGCAAUGUUGAGUUUAACAGAGGCUUAAUAGACACAACAGCCCCUUUUGAGUCUGUGAAGGCUGCAGUGUCGAUGUUUGGGGGCAUUGUUGACUGGAAAGCCCAUCGCAUGCAAAUUGUGGAGAGACGAAAAGUGAUAGAACAUGAACUUGAGAAAGCUCAGAAAGAGAUACCAUUGUACAAGAAACAGUCUGAGGAUGCUGAGGAGGCAAAGGUAAAAGUUCUGCAAGAGCUAGACAGUACCAAGAGACUUGUAGAAGAGUUAAAGCUUAAUCUGGAAAGAGUGCAACAGGAAGAGUUACAAGCAAAACAGGAUUCUGAACUUGCAAAUCUCCGAGUGAAAGAGAUGGAGCAAGGGAUUGCGGAUGAAGCUAGCAUUGCAGCCAAACAACAGCUUGAGGUUGCCCGAACGAGGCAUAUAGCUGCUGUUUCAGAACUUCAAACUGUCAAAGCUGAAUUGGAACAACUCAAGAAAGACUAUGCUGUGUUGUUGGCUGAGAGAGAUGCGGCCGUUAAAAAAGCAGAAGAAGCUGUGUCUAUAUCAAAGGAAUUUGAGAAGUCCGUAGAGGAUUUGACCAUCGAGCUUAUUUCUACCAAAGAAUCCUUGGAAAAUGCACACGCUGCACAUCUUGAGGCAGAAGAUCACAGAAUUGGAGCAGUAAUGGCAAGAGAACAGGAUGUGCUCAACUGGGAGAAGGAUUUGAAGGAGGCAGAGGAGGAACUCAAGAAAGCAACAGAACAGCUAUCAGCAUCAAAGGAUCUGAAAUUAAAAUUGGACACGGCAACUGGUUUACUGCAAGAUUUGAAAGAUGAACUGACGGCAUACAUGGAAUCGAAAUUGGAGCAAGAGACAGGGGAAGGUAAGUUGCACAAUGACGACCUCGAAGAAACUGAUAAAAAAUCUCGAGGGGAGAUUGAAGCGGCUCUUUUAGCAGCAACGAAGGAACUCGAAGAGAUAAAUCUCAAUAUUAAGAAAACAAACGACGAAGUUAACAUCUUGAAGGUGGCUGCCACAUCGCUGAAGUCAGAACUCGAAAAUGAAAAGGCUGAACUUGCUUCCAUUCAGCAGCGGGAAGGAAUGGCUUCGAUUGCAGUUGCAUCCCUUGAAGCUGAGUUGAAAAGGACAAAGUCAGAAAUUGCUGUUGUUCAGAUAAGGGAGAAAGAAGAAAGAGAGAAGAUGGUAGAGCUUCCAAAAAACCUGCAAGAGGCAGCACAAGAAGCUGAUAAGUCAAAGGAACUUGCAGAGACCGCUAGAGAUGAGCUUAGGAAUGCUAAACAACAACUGGAACACACAAAGGCAGUUGCCAGUACAGUCGAGAGUAAGCUGCGUGCAGCACAAAAAGAGAUAGAAGCUGCGAAGGCUUCAGAGGAAUUGGCGCUCGCUGCUAUAAAUGCAUUAUUGGAUAGUGACUCUGCCCAAAGGAACACGGGUGAGGAUUCACCUACCGGCGUAACACUUUCUUUGGAAGAAUAUUAUGAGCUUAGCAAACAGGCCCAUGAAGCUGAAGAGCAGGCAAACAGUCGGGUCGUUGCUGCUCUCUCUCAAAUUGAGGUUGCAAAGGAGUCUGAAAUGAAGAGCUUGAAUAAGCUGGAGGAAGCCAACCGUGAGAUGGCUGAAACUAAGGACGCCUUAGAAGCUGCAUUGCAAAAGUCCGAGAAAGCAAAAGAAGGAAAAUUGAGCAUUGAACAGGAAUUGAGAAAAUGGAGAGCUGAUCAUGAACAAAGACGAAAAGCUGGUGAAUCUGUUCUUGCAAAUAGAAGUCCAAAACAAAGUUUUGAGGAGGUAAUGGAAACCAGGAACUUUAUCAGCACACCCAAUUCAUUGGUUUUUCAACAAACACCAAGUCCAAACACAUAUGCAAGCACCACAGAAACGGAUACAUCCCCAGAAGCCAGGGUUACCAAGAAAAAGAAGAGACAACUCUUCCUGAAGAUCUUCAUGUUCCUCAAGAAAAAGAAGUCGCGUGCAUACAACUGA